ACACAAACACACACACACACACACACAUACUCCCCGGCCGUAUAGCGUAGUCCUCGGCCGCUGGACACACACUCUCAGUGGCUCGGGGAGGAUGUAAAAGUUAGACCCGCACUGGAAGCCGAGCAGAUAGACAGUGGAGCGAUAAAGAUGGCGCGGCUUUGGCUGAACUUGUGUCUUGUUCUCGUGCUCCUAAUGAUAACGAUGCAGGAGCCCACAGCUGCACGCGCGGCGCUCGGCGAAGAAGAGGAAACGCAAGAGGCGGAGAGAUCCUGUCACGGAGCCUUCGACUUGUACUUUGUUCUUGACAAGUCGGGGAGUGUGAAGUACCACUGGCAUGAGAUCUACUCAUUUGUGGAGCACCUGGCCAACAAGUUCAUCAGCCCCAUGUUGCGCAUGUCCUUUAUCGUCUUCUCCACUCAAGGAAACACUAUCAUGAGCCUCACAGCUAACCGUGAUGACAUCACCAACGGUCUCAAUGCCCUGAGCAGAGUCGUGCCUGGAGGAGACACUUUCAUGAACCUGGGACUCAGGAAGGCCAAUGAACAGAUCUACCAUGGCAACUAUGGGACUGCCAGUGUACUCAUCGCUCUGACUGAUGGAGAAUUAAACCAACACCAGUUCAUCACUGCGACAAAGGCUGACAGAGCAAGGUCGUUGGGAGCCAUUGUUUACUGUGUAGGAGUGAAAGACUUCAACCAAACACAGCUGGCCCUCAUCGCAGACACUAGAGAGCACGUGUUCCCAGUGGUGGGAGGGUUCCAGGCCCUCCAAGGGGUGAUCGAUUCGAUUAUCGACAAAUCCUGUAUUGAGAUCUUGGCAGCUGAACCCUCCAGUGUGUGUGCAGGAGAGUCUUUUCAGGUGGUUGUCGAAAUUAGCGGUUUCCUUAAAGUGCGUCAACUGGACCAAGUCCUGUGCAGUUUCAAGCUCAAUGACUCUGUCUCUCUCAAUGAGAGACCGGUUAGUGUUGAAGACAAUCUGCUUCUCUGCCCUGCUCCAGUCAUCAAUGAAGUUGGCCAGGUAAUAUAUCUACAGGUCAGCAUGAAUGAGGGCCUCUCCUACAUCACCAGUUCUGUGCAUAUCACCACAACAGAAUGUUUUGACGGCACCAUCCUCCUGAUCUCACUGCUGGUGUUGUUCCUGCUGCUGGCCCUGCUGUUCAUGUGGUGGUUCUGGCCACUCUGCUGCACCUUGGUCAUCAAAGAACCACCUCCACCGCCUCCACCUGAGCCUGAGUCUGAUGAUGAGGAUGGUAUGCCGAAGAAAAAGUGGCCGACAGUGGAUGCCUCUUACUAUGGAGGGAGGGGAGUAGGAGGCAUCAAACGUAUGGAGGUGCACUGGGGAGACAAGGGCUCGACAGAGGAAGGGGCUAAGUUAGAGAAGCCAGCCAACGCCGUAGUGAAGCUUCCGGAUCAGGAGUUUGAACCCUACGAACCUCGCCCACCACGCACACACAGGUCACGGCCCAUACGUCAGAACCACUGGUACUCCCCCAUACAGGGGAAGUUGGAUGCCUUGUGGGCUCUGUUCCGUCGUGGGUAUGACCAGGUGUCUCUUAUGAGGCCCCAACCAGGAGAUCAGGGGCGCUGUAUAAACUUCACACGUGUGAAACAGGAAGCAGCCCAGUCCUCUUUUUCUCGAAGCCCCGCCCCCUCCACUGAGGCCCCUCCUCCUGACCAACUCCCCCUUGUGGCUCCGCCUCCGCAUCAACCCCCCCGAGUGACGACCCCCCCGCCUCCGCAUCAACCCCGCCGAGUGACGACCCCCCCGCCUCCUCAUCAACCCCCCCGAGUGACGACAAACACACCUCCGCAUCAACCCCCACGAAACACACCUUCGUCCCUCCCAAACCGCUGCCCCCCCCCUGGACCGCCCCCCUCACGACCCCCCCCUGGACCGCCCCCCUCACGACCCCCUCCCUGCCUCCAGAUGCUGUAGUCAUGGCAACCAACCCUUCAGCAUCCCUCCUGGUGCGGGGCAGAGCACCAGUGUGUGUGUGUGUGUGUGUGUGUGUGAGAUAAGGUGCAUGUAAAAAUGAAUAUAUUAGCUUGCUGGCGAUGCACAUUCCCUACAUGCCUGUAUGUAAUGACUGAAUGCUGAUUAGGUGGUGGUCUUAGUAGCUACUAGUCAGUAGGGCUGAUUAGAUGCUGGUCUUAGGGGCAGUAGUUACUGGUCAGUAGGGCUGAUUAGGUGGUGGUCUUAGCUACUAGUAAGUAGGGCUGAUUAGGUGCUGGUCUUAGGGGCAGUAGCUACUGGUCAGUAGGGCUGAUUAGGUGCUGGUCUUAGCUACUGGUCAGUAGGGCUGAUUAGGUGCUGGUCUUAGGGGCAGUACUGGUCAGUAGGGCUGAUUAGGUGUUGGUCUUAGGGGGCAGUAGUUACUGGUCAGUAGGGCUGAUUAGGUGGUGGUCUUAGGGGCAGUACUGGUCAGGGCUGAUUAGGUGCUGAUCUUAGUAGCUACUAGUCAGUAGGGCUGAUUAGGUGGUGGUCUUAGUAGUUACUAGUCAGUAGGGCUGAUUAGGUGGUGGUCUUAGUAGCUACUAGUCAGUAGGGCUGAUUAGGUGCUGGUCUUAGGGAUUAGUAGCUACUAGUCAGUAGGGGGCAGGAGGAGAAUGAGACAAAGCAAGUGAAGUGAUCCUGCUGAAAAAACAGCCUGACUAGCUUAAGGUGGUUUGCUGGUUGACCAGGUUUUGUUGACCAGCUUGUUUGACCACCCUAUGAUGGUUACUAGACCAGCAAAUUUCUUGCAAAAACAUACCAUCAGCUGGUUUACCCCGUUUACGAUGAUGAGUCAACUGGUUUUGCUUGUUGUGCCACCUCAAGCUGGUCAUUUUAGAGACAGAAAGAAAGAGGGAACAAGAGAGGGAGACAGAGAGAAAGAGAGAGAGAGAGAGAGAGAAAGACAGACAGACAGACAGACAGACAGACG